CCUGUGCUAACAUUUCAUCUCCUCUCUGUUUUUCAGAACUCAAAGAGUGCCCAGGGCCUGGUGGGUCUUCGUAAUCUGGGAAAUACAUGUUUUAUGAACUCCAUCCUCCAGUGUCUUAGCAACACACAGAGCCUGCGAGACUACUGUCUUCACAACUACCACCGCCGAGACCUCAACAACAACAACCGCACAAACACUGCUCUCAUGGAAGAGUUUGCCAAGCUUAUCCAGACAAUGUGGACUUCUUCAAGCAGUGAAGCUGUCAGCCCCUCUGAGUUCAAAACACAGAUUCAGAGAUACGCCCCCAGAUUUGUGGGCUACAAUCAACAGGAUGCUCAGGAGUUUCUGCGUUUCCUGCUAGAUGGCCUGCACAACGAAGUGAACAGGGUCACAGUCCGGCCUCGGGGAAACAUGGAAGACUUUGAUCACUUGCCUGAUGAGGAAAAAGGGAAAAAGAUGUGGGCUAAGUACUUAGAAAGAGAAGACAGCAAAAUCGUAGGUAGUGCAGUAUAUAACUUGUAUGCAGUGUCCAAUCACUCAGGCACAACUAUGGGAGGCCACUACACAGCGUACUGUUGCAAUCCUGAAAAUGGGGAGUGGUACACGUAUAACGACUCUAGAGUCACGCCAAUGUCCGCCAGCCAAGUUCGCAGUAGUGACGCCUAUGUGUUGUUCUAUGAGCAGGCGGGACUCUGA